AUGUCUUCAUGUGAAGAUCUAUUUCAAAGUUUCACUAAUAAAGUGGAUAUUUCUGAAAUAUCUAGUGAUUUAUUCAGUAAUUCAUCGGCUAAAUCACUUCAAAUAAAAAAGAAACCGAAAGAUAAACCAGAUCAUGUGAAACAUUGUUGUGUUGGUGAACUGAUUCCAGAUUUUUCUUCAUAUGAAAAAUAUGAAUUAAUUGUUGAAUCAGAUCUUGGCGAUCAUCAGACAUCUAGUUGUAACAAAGAAAAUACUACUUCAUCUGAUAAUCUCCCAUUGAAUUCGAUUGUUAAACAUCAAAUUCAUGAUAUUGGUAUUAGUUCAUCGGCGGCGGCAGCAUUUUGUAGUACUCCUGGAUCUGCAAACAUUUUGCCUACAUUAAAUUCACAGAAAAAAAAUGUUUAUGAUUUAACAGCGCCUAAAAUUGUAUCACGUGAUGCUUUGUUGAAUACACUUCAAUUUACACCUAUUCAUCCAGUAUUCAACAAUCAAAAAUCUAUAAUGACUGUCAAUAAGGAAAAUAAUUCACCACCAAUUGAUUCACAUCAACAAACACCAACAUACCAUGAUUAUCAUCAUCAUGAGUCUUCAUUUGAUCAAAAUCAAUUAGUAAGUAGUAUAACUUUUGUUGUUGAAAAUUUAUUCUUAUUCAACUCUAUUUAUUAUAUCAUCAUAUGUAAAGUUCAACCAGCUUAA